CGGCGGAAGCGAUCGUUGUCCGGGGAGACGCGGCUGCCGGGCCCGAGGGUGGGCUGAGGGCGAGGAUGUGGCGGCUGGCGCUGCUGGCGCUGUCCUGGCUCGGUGGGGCCCUCCCCGCAGGGCCGGCGGAGCGCGGCGCGGGCGGCCCCGAGCCCGUGCGGUACCGCACGGCCGAGAUGGCGGACGCGAUGCUGGGCACGGCCGAGCCGCCCGGGCUGCUCUCGGCGGUGCCGGCCGAGCCGAGCGGCGGCCCCUGCGAAGCGGGGACCGGGGCCGGGGCGUGCGGCCCUACGGGGAGCGGCCCCGCAGCCCCCCCGGGCCCGCCCCGAGAGCAGCCCGUGCUGGAGCCCGUCCUGCCCGAGGAGCAGAACGGCACCGACAGCGCCAAGGCCCCCAAGGUGAGCUGCGAGGAGAGGAACACCACGGGCAUCGAGCGCUUCACGCUGCAGAUCCUGAACGUGUCGCAGGACCUGAUGGAGUUCCUAAACCCAAACAGCAGUGACUGUACGUUGGUCCUGUUCUACACUCCGUGGUGCCGCUUUUCUGCCAGCCUGGCGCCUCAUUUUAACUCCUUACCCCGAGCAUUUCCAACCCUUCGCUUCCUGGCACUGGAUGCAUCCCAGCACAGCAGUUUAUCAACUAGAUUUGGAACUGUGGCUGUCCCAAAUAUCCUCCUUUUCCAAGGUGCUAAACCUAUGGCUAGAUUUAAUCAUACAGACAGAACGCUGGAAACCCUGAAAGACUUCAUCUUUAACCAAACAGGGAUAGAAGCCAAAAGUGACGUGGCUGUGACGAAGGAGGACUGGGAAGGGCCCCUGCCCAGCGUCCUGACCAAGGGCAUAGACUGGCUGCUCCUGUUCUCCGUGCUCUUCCUGGCCAGCUUUGUCCUCUACGCCACCCUUCGGACCGAGAGCAUCCGGUGGCUCAUCCCGGGACAAGAGCACGAACACCAGGAAUAACAUCAGAUGCUGAAACAGGGACAGAAAAAAAUCCCGCUUGG